CGCCCUUAAAUGGGUGGUCUCUGCUCCUCAUCUACCAUUCCACUGACUGACGUCAUAAGGCAUCCUUAUCUACCAGUCUCUUCCUUACCGCCGGCCCUUCUUCGCCUCCGACCCACUGUCCGCCCGCGCCAUGGCUGCGACAUGGGAGACCAGCGUGACCGAGUCUAUCAACACCAUCUACCUUCUCUUCUCGGCCUACCUGGUGUUCAUAAUGCAGCUGGGCUUUGCCAUGCUGUGCGCCGGCUCCGUCAGGGCAAGGAACGCCAUGAACAUCAUGCUCACCAAUGUCGUGGACGCAGUCGUGGGAACCAUCUCCUACUACCUCUUCGGCUUCGGCUUUGCCUUCGGCGAAGGCUCCCACUCCAACCCCUUCAUCGGGACCACCUUCUUCGCCCUCGAGGACGUCCCGAACGAGACCUAUGGCUACGCCGACUUCCUCUACCAGUGGGCCUUCGCCAUCGCGGUGGCCGGCAUUACCAGCGGUUCGAUUGCGGAGCGCACCCAGUUCGGCGCCUACCUCGUCUACUCGUUCCCGUACGGGUUCGUGUACCCGGUCGUCGCCCACUGGGUGUGGUCGUCGGACGGAUGGCUUAGCCCCAAUUUCGGCGGCUCGUUGCUGUUCGGGUCCGGCUCCAUUGACUUCGCUGGGAGCGGCGUGGUGCACCUGGUAGGCGGACUGGCGGGCUUGUGGGGCGCGCUCAUCGAGGCCCCAAGGAUCGAGCGGUUCGACGCGUUCGGGAAGGCCGUGGCGAUGCGCGGCCACAACGCGACGCCGGUGGUGCUGGGCACCUUCCUGCUCUGGUUCGGCUGGUUCGGUUUUAACCCGGGGUCUUUCAGCCGGAUCCUGGAGGCCUACCCGGACGCGCACCAGGAGGGCAACUGGACCGGGGUGGGCCGGACAGCGGUGACCACGGCGAUCGCGGGCUCUGCCGCCGGCCUCACGACACUCUUCGGCAGGCGGCUGCUGGUGGACCAUUGGGACGCGCUGGACGGGUGCAACGGCCUGCUGGGCGGGUUCGUGGCCAUCACGUCCGGUUGCUUUGUGGUAGAGCCCUGGGCGGCUAUUGUGUGCGGCUUUUGGGCGGCCUGGGUGCUGAGCGGGCUCGACGCACUAGCCCUGAGGCUGCGAUUCGACGACCCGCUGGAGGCAGCCCAGCUGCACGGCGGGGGUGGGGCCUGGGGGCUCCUCUUCACGGGCCUCUUCGCCCAUAAGGAACUGGUGGUGCAGGCGUACAACUCGGGCGCCGUGAGGGCGAGCCGGCCCUUCGGCCUCCUGAUGGGAGGGGGGUGGGGCUUGCUAGGAGCGCAGGUGGUGGAGGUAAUGGCCAUCGUGGGAUGGGUGAGCUUGACCAUGGUCCCCGUGUUCUACGUCUUGUACAAGCUGCGGCUUCUCCGGAUAUCGGCAGACGAGGAGCUGGCUGGGCUGGACGUCUCGAGCCACGGCGGGUACGCCCAGCCAGGGUUCUAUGCGGACUAUGUCAGGAUGCACGACGGGCGUCGCUCCCCAUGA